AUGGGCACCAAAAUGACCAAACUCUCUUCUCCCUCCCAAAACAACAACAAAGCCCUCAUCCUCCUCCCCCUCUACAUCUACCCCUCCCCCGACGCCUGGACCCCCCUGCUGCUCGCCGCAAACCGGCACCCCACCCUCCAGUUCCUCGUCGUCGUCAACCCGUCCAAUGGCCCCGGGGAGGGCGACAGGCCGGACGAGAACUACGUCCGGGUGCUUCAACAACUGAGGGAUGUGGAAAAUGUAAAGUUGGUGGGGUAUGUCUACUGCAGCUAUGGGAAGAGGGAGCAGGGAGAGAUGAGGAGGGAUAUAGAGAGGUAUAAAGUUUGGGGGUGUGAGAAGAGGGGUUGCGGCGUGGAUAUCAAGGGGAUUUUCUUUGACGAGGCGCCUGCUGAUGGGGGCCAUGUGGGGUAUAUGGCUGAGGCCGCGGGGGAGGUGAGGAGUGCGCUUGGGGAAGACGCGGUGGUGGUGUAUAACCCGGGGGUUUUUCCUGAUCAGGGGUAUUGGGAAAAGGGGGAUUACGUGGUUGUUUUUGAGAAUGUAGCCAGGGAGUGGUGGGGGGGUUAUGUGAGGGAGAAUGUGAAGAAGUUACCAAAAGAGUUGAGGGAGAGGAGUGUGGUUAUUGCGCAUAGUUGUCAGGGAGACGAAAAAGAGAGGAUAUUGGCGGAUGUGAGGAGGGAGCGGUGGGGGGCGCACUUUUUGACGGGGGAGGGGGGGUAUGAGAGUUGGGAUGGGGGUUGGGGGGGGUAUGUGGGUGAGGCGGAUGAGGAGUGGGAUGGGGAGGAAGAGGGGGGGUGUUGUUGA